ACUGGUGCCACAGCCGUAGUACCCGAACCCGAGAAGGACACGGGAGGAGGUAUGGAUGCAGCUCAAGCUAAGAUGAUCAGUGCACUGAUGAGAAAUAGUAGAGCGAGCGAAGAAACGGCCAAUGAGGAGGAGAUGGGUGUGGCGCAUGUGUGUCUGUUUGAGCCUAGUUCACCCAAGGCCCAGGAACAAUGGUGG